AUGGCAAAAACACCUGUCAAAUACUGUGGUACGUUGGUCAAAUCAAAUGUCUCAGUCUAUAAACAGGUGGACGCAUUCACUGAGUUACCAUUCAAAGGACACCCUCCGGCAGUGUGUUUCUUAGAGCAGGAUGAAGAGAGGAACCACCACUGGUUGCAAGCUGUAGCCGCGGAGUUCAACAUCGCUCAGACUUGUUUGAUAACCCUCUUGACUCGCUCAAUGACACCUCUAAUCCCCGUUUUCGCCUCAGAUGGUUUACUCCUAUUACUGAGAACUUGGAUGAAAGAAAUGCUUUUGUUAGAAUAUUUAAGGAAUAAAAGAGAUGGAUUAGUUGUUGGUCAGAGAAAGGUUAAACUUUGUGGCCAUGCCACAUUAGCUGCUGCACACACACUCUUUUCAUCUGGUUUAGUGGAUACCAAUAUUAUUGAAUUUGUAACGCUAUCUGGACUAUUAACUGCCAAAAGAAUCCCAGCAGUCAAUAUCUCCAGUACCUCAAACUUGCAAAAUGGUGAAACUGAGGAUGGAUUUUAUAUUGAAUUGGAUUUUCCUGCUGAUCCUGUAACAGAUUUUAACAUUGAUGAAACUUCACAAGUUUCUGGAGCAUUGAGUGGUGCUUCUGUAAUCGAUAUACGAAGGACACAAGUUGCGGAUGACAUACUUGUUGUUGUCGCAUCUGGGGUAAAUGUCACAGAAGUAAAGCCACAGCUCGAUGCAAUAGCUAAGUGUCCUGGAAGGGGAAUAAUUGUUCCAGCGAUUGCUCCUCCGGGAUCUGGAUUUUACUUCUACAGUAGAUUCUUCUGCCCAAAAUUUGGAAUCAAUGAGACAGCAGGUCUAAGUAAGGAUCCUGCUUGCGGGACUGCACAUUGUUCCUUAGCAUCCUACUGGAGCAAGAAGCUGGGGAAAUAUGAUUUGAAUGCUUAUCAGGCAUCAUCCAGAGGAGAAAUUUUCAAUAUUCAUUUAGAUGAGCAGAACCAAAGAGUGCUUUUGCGUGGGAAAGCAGUUACUGUGAUGGAAGGCUUAGACAACCCUUCUGCGUCGUGUCGUGUGUCCUCUAUGGCAAAGAAGCCUGUCAAAUACUUUGUGGUGGACGCGUUCACCGACUCGGCGUUCAAGGGGAACCCUGCAGCAGUGUGUUUGUUAGAGGAAGAGAGGGAGGAAACAUGGAUGCAAAGCCUAGCAACUGAGUUCAAUCUCUCUGAGACAUGCUACUUGACUCGGAUUGCCGACUCGGAGAGAUCUGAUUACUCGUUCAAUGGGUCCUCAACUGAUCGUUUCCACCUUAGAUGGUUCACUCCUGCUACAGAGGUUGAACUUUGCGGCCAUGCCACGUUAGCAUCUGCACAUGUUCUUUUCUCUUGUGAUUUGGUGAAGUCCAAUGUUAUUGAAUUUUCAACUCUGUCUGGAGUUCUAACUGCCAGAAAGGUUCCAGGGAUCAAUGAAUCAGGUGCCUCGGAUGACGGAUUUUUCGUUGAAUUGGAUUUCCCUGCUGAUACAGUUGCUGAGUUCAAUUGUGCUGACCUUUCACAAAUUUCGGCCGCUUUGAAUGGUGCCCAUAUUAUUGAUGUAAAGAGAACAACCGUUCAAGAUAACCUCUUGGUUGAACUUGCUUCAGGAAAAGUCGUUGUAGAACUACAGCCAGAUAUUGGCGCAAUAGCAAAAUGCCCUGGUGGAGGCAUCCUGGUUACUGGGGUUGCUCCUCCAGAUUCUGGAUUUGAUUAUUAUUGUCGAACUUUCUUUCCCAAAUAUGGAAUCAAUGAGGAUCCAAUCACUGGAAGCGCACAAUGUGCCUUGGCACCUUACUGGGCCAAAAAGCUGGGGAAAUGUCAUCUCAGUGUUUAUGCGGCAUCACAUAGAAGUGGAGUUGUUCAUGUGCAUUUUGAUGAGCAGAGGAGAAGGGUAGUGAUGCGUGGAAACUGUCAUGGAUGGGUGUGUUCAGGUUUGAACUCUUAUGCUGUUGUAACAUUGCAUAGAACAAGAGACUCAGAACUGUAA